AUGUCACUUGUAGACAGUGCAGCAGUGUUUGAAGGAAGGGCCCGUACAAUUGGGCUGCCCGAUGCAACGGUCAAUGCAAUGGCCUUGAGGGGCUGGACAACUCAUGCGACGUUUGCUUUCUGCGUAACUACGCAGCCAGGGGCCGAUGAACAGGCUUUUGUGGAUGGAGUGGUGAUCCCACUGCUUGGGGCGCAAGAUCAUGCAGACGCGCCGAAACUGAGGCGCCUUUUCUUCGAGGCGCACACUUUGACCUCGGCAGACUUGAGACGCAAGGUGGAUUCAAGUGAGUUGGAAGCUCCACGAAAGCUCCCGGCUCCUGAAAUUGCUCAGAGGCUGGAGCUGCUACAGGAGAGGGUUCGCCCGCUCAUCAUUGCCAAUGUCUUGGAGCCCUCUCACCAGCUUAUCAAUGUCUUGGUACAGUGCGUGGAGGACGGAAGGGUCAGGUACGUGGAAUGGGCACGAUGCACUUCAAGGACACAGGAAGUCAACAAUGUGAAGGAAGAUGGUGACUUGAGAGUUUGGAAAACGGACAGUUCAGGUGCAAUCAAAGCAGUCAAUAAAGAGCCCUCCUUGUCAGCAAAUCUGACAACUGAACUUGACGUACACAACGCGCUGAGGCGCAGGGGAGUGGCGUACGAAGUGGCGCAAGCCAUGAGCUUUGAGGUCCACGAGAAGGUGAUCAACUUCUUUUUCUUUGAGCUGAAGAAGGAGCCAAUGGAAGGUUUCUCUGCUGUCAGUCUCCAGCAGUUGGCAGCGGCGGACAGAGAGAUGCAUGUGAGGCUUGCGGAGGCCACCAGAGGAGGGCUGCGACCAGGCCCAGCCGGCGAGCUGCCGCUUGACAUCCCUGUCCAGCAAAUCCUUGAUGGGCCGGAGUUGCGCUGGAUGCUCAUGCCCAUGCCAAAGAAGAUGACUGGAAAAGCAUCUACAGAACCGGCGCCUAGCAACAGAACACCGGCUGACAAUGAGCCGAAGCGCAACAGAAACGAGGUCGCCAAGAAGACAAAGGAGGCAGCUGCGAGAUUGAAGAAAUUGAAGCGCACCCCGAUGCCCAAACAGCUCUCAGGGUGUGUGCCUUGCAAUGACGAAGGGCAGCCUUACUGCUUUGGAUACAAUCUGGGAACUUGCAAGAGCACGACAGAUUGUCAAAAAGGUCUCCAUAAGUGCUGCAAGAAAGGCUGCGGCAAGGGCCACAGUCCUCAGGUAGCCGCCUUGCGAAAGCGCAAGACCGCUGCAACCAAUGACAGUGAGUGUCAAAGGUUUGGAUUGACAUCGAAGCGACAGCGCUUGGAUGGCGGUCUGGAUGGAUCCGAAGGGAUUCCACUUCUUUUUGAGCACCUCGACGAGAAAGUUGCGUCGAGCCACCAUGAUGGGCUUCAUCAAGUUGAAGCCCAAACUGACCUGCAUGGGAUAGCUCAUCAGGGCAGAAACCUUUUUCUUUUGGAUUUAUUUUGCGGCACAGCAGGAGUUGCAGCAGCAUUUCAGUCAUUAGGAGGAGAAGCACUUGGAAUCGACCAUUUGGUCGACAAAAGGAGGGUCAAAGGGCCGGUGGCAAAGGUAGACUUAGCCAAAAAACCUGGACAAGAUACCGUCCUGAAGUGGAUAAGAGAAGGCAAGGUUGAUGGGGUCAUGCUGGCGCCGCCUUGCGGAACAUCUUCACGAGCGCGUGAAAUUCCAUUGCCGAGGCGUCUCAGAGAGCGCUGUGGUAUGCAGCCAACGCCGCUGAGAUCAGAUAAGUGGCCAAACGGGCUGCCGCAUCUGAGAGGCAUCGCAAAAAUAAAGGUGCAGGCUGCAAACAAGUUGUAUGCUUUCACCAGACAGGUGAUGCAGGCCUGCAAUGAUGCUGGCAUACCGUUUAUUUGUGAGAACCCUCGCAGGUCCUUGAUGUGGCAGACAGAUGCUUUUUCUGAUUUACCAGCAUGUUGCUUUUUUCAGUAUAUACAUGCGUGUAUGUAUGGAAGUAAGAGACGCAAGAGCACGGCAUUUCUCAUGAACUUCCACGCAGAAAACCUUCUCUUACAAUGCGAUGGCAACCAUGACCAUCUCCCUUGGGGCAUGGUCGACACAAAAGAUGCAGGCCUAAAGUUUUCUACAAGCCUCGAAACUGAGUAUCCUGCGCCUCUUUGCAAGCAGUUGGCGUGGGCCUUUUUGGAACAAAUACAAAGACAAGGAAAACAACUGCACUGUCAUGGCGCUCACACUGAGCAACUGCAGAAAAUUGGGUCGGGCACCCAACCAAGAGGAGGACGAUCACCUGUCCUCAUGGCAGAAUUCCAAUUCAAAGUGGACAUCACUACAUCGGGAACGGUUCCACCACAAUGCAUUGCAGAGGACUCUCCACCUCCAUUUCAAGGAAUUCCGGUCGGUGCAAAGCUGCUUUCUUCUCGAACUUUUUCUGAAGUGGGGUUGGAUGGCGAGAAAAAGCUGGGAAUGAGAUCCACUUAUGGUGUUUUUUCGUCACCUUGGGAUUUUUUGGGACGUGCCUUGCAUGUGGAACACCCUCUUGACACACCACAACUGGUUGACAGAAGCAACUUGCGUGCAAUUGUUUUUCUCAGAGACCACAGCGCGGCAGAUGUAAAACUUUACAGAGCCACCCAGCUUAGGCGUUUUGUAACAAGGGCUGAGCUUCUCAUGAAAGAGGAGGAAGCUCUCAAAGCCACCUUGGACAAGGAUGAACUUGAGACGUUUGGUUUCCUGCGAUGCGAGCCGCAAUACGAGUCCCUCACGAGUAUUGAAAGUGGGGUGGUGGCUGAUGAGCCUUUAUUUAACGAGGUCCAUUGGUGGGGUGCCACCUCCUUCUUCCUCUUGCUCCUGCGUUCCUCAUCACGCACGCGUGCCCUCCGCGUUCUUCUCCUUCUCCUGCGUUCGCGGCGGGUGGGUGGGAAAAUCCUCACUACCCGGCGGUUUGACCCGCCCACCCGACCCCCGCCGGGCGUGAGGAACAAAGGUUUCAAACGCAAAUAG